AUGAAUGAUCUUACAUUGGAGGAAGAAGCUGAGAGGAAAAUAGGCUGGUUGCUGAAACUUUUCUUUGCUGGGACAGCAACGUAUGUCGGAUACCAGUUCUUCCCUUAUAUGGGUGAUACGUUAAUUCAGCAAUCAGUCUCGCUUUUACAUGUGAAGGAUCCCUUGUUUAAGAGAAUUGGAGCUUCUAGGCUUUCCCGUUUCGCCAUUGAUGAUGAAAGGAGAAUGAAGGUUGUGGAAUUGGGUGGGGCUCAAGAGCUUCUACAUAUGUUGGGUGCUGCUAAAGAUGACAAGACAAGGAAAGAAGCUCUAAAGGCUCUCGCUGCUCUCUCUAAAUCAGGCAAGUCUUGCUUUUAA